CCGCUACCGUCCCGGCACCCCCCUCCCGGCACCACCGCCCGCCCGCGGCUCCAGGAGCAGCAGGAGCGCCAAGUUCGGGCAGCGGGAGCAGCGGGGGCGCCACGUCCGAGCACCGAGAGCCGUCCCGCCGCGCACAGUAGAUCGAGACACCGGGAGCCGUCCCGCCGGGCACGGGGUAGGCGGACAGCGGGCAGCGGGAGCCGUCCGGGCGGGAGCUGAGAGUAUCCAGUCACCGGGGAUCGUCCGGCCAGCACCGGCCACGGCAGAGCUGAUCCUUGGGAGCCGCCGAGUCAGCAUCGGGCACGGCAGAUCGGGCCACCCGGAGUCAUCCAGGCGGGACCAGAGAGGAUCCACUCACCGGGAGUCGUGCAGGCAGCCCCGGACGGGAGGAUUUACCGGCACUGGGCACGGUAAAUCGGGGCGCACGGCUCGGGGCACCAUGGGCCCCCCCGGCCUGCUGCCCGCCCUGGCCUGGCUGCUGGCGUGGCUGAGCGUGCCGGCGCCGAGCCGGGCCCAGCUGCACGGCGAGAAGGGCAUCUCCAUCCCCGACCACGGCUUCUGCCAGCCCAUCUCCAUCCCGCUCUGCACCGACAUCGCCUACAACCAGACCAUCAUGCCCAACCUGCUGGGUCACACCAACCAGGAGGACGCGGGGCUGGAGGUCCACCAGUUCUACCCGCUGGUGAAGGUGCAGUGCUCGCUGGAGCUGAAGUUCUUCCUGUGCUCCAUGUACGCGCCGGUGUGCACGGUGCUGGAGCAGGCCAUCCCGCCGUGCCGCUCCAUCUGCGAGCGGGCGCGCCAGGGCUGCGAAGCCCUCAUGAACAAAUUCGGCUUCCAGUGGCCGGAGCGGUUGCGAUGUGAGAACUUCCCCCGGCACGGCGCCGAGCAGAUCUGCGUGGGGCAGAACCACUCAGAGGACGGCAGCUCCCCAGCACUGCUGACCAGUGCCACGCCACUGGCUGGCCAGGGCACCCCCGGCGCCCCUCGCUAUGCCACCCUCGACCACCCCUUCCACUGCCCCCGGGCGCUGAAGGUGCCCAGCUACCUCAACUACAAGUUCCUGGGGGAGAAGGACUGCGCGGCGCCCUGCGAGCCCACCCGUCCCGACGGCCACAUGUUCUUCAACGAGGACGAGAUCCGCUUCGCCCGCAUCUGGAUCCUCAUCUGGUCUGUCCUGUGCUGUGCCUCCACCUUCUUCACCGUCACCACCUACCUAGUGGACAUGCAGCGCUUCCGCUACCCCGAGCGACCCAUCAUCUUCCUCUCAGGGUGCUACACCAUGGUGUCGGUGGCCUACAUCGCCGGCUUCGUGCUGGAGGAGAGGGUGGUCUGCAACGAGCGCUUCCAGGAGGACGGCUACCGCACCGUGGUGCAGGGCACCAAAAAGGAGGGCUGCACCAUCCUCUUCAUGAUGCUCUACUUCUUCAGCAUGGCCAGCUCCAUCUGGUGGGUCAUCCUCUCCCUCACCUGGUUCCUGGCCGCUGGCAUGAAGUGGGGCCACGAGGCCAUUGAGGCCAACUCCCAGUACUUCCACUUGGCCGCCUGGGCAGUGCCAGCGGUCAAGACCAUCACCAUCCUGGCCAUGGGGCAGAUCGAUGGGGACCUGCUGAGCGGCGUCUGCUUCGUGGGCCUCAACAACAUCGACCCUCUGCGAGGCUUCGUGCUGGCCCCGCUCUUCGUCUACCUCUUCAUCGGCACCUCCUUCCUCCUGGCCGGCUUCGUCUCCCUGUUCCGCAUCCGCACCAUCAUGAAACACGGCGGCACCAAGACGGAGAAGCUGGAGCGGCUGAUGGUUCGCAUCGGGGUCUUCAGCGUCCUCUACACCGUCCCGGCCACCAUCGUCAUCGCUUGUUACUUCUACGAGCAGGCGUUCCGCGAGCACUGGGAGCGCAGCUGGAUCAGCCAGAACUGCAAGAGCUUGGCCAUCCCCUGCCCGCUGCACUUCACCCCCCGCAUGACCCCUGACUUCACCGUCUACAUGAUCAAGUAUCUCAUGACUCUGAUCGUGGGCAUCACCUCCGGGUUCUGGAUAUGGUCGGGCAAAACCCUCCACUCCUGGAGGAAGUUCUACACUCGGCUCACCAACAGCAAGCAGGGCGAGACCACGGUGUGACCCCCCGGCCCCGCCGCCCUUCGGCCUGAAAUAUUUUUUUGGGGGUGGGGGGGAGGAGUUAUUAUAUAUUUUUUAUUUUUAGAUUUAUUAACGUCUAAGGGGUAUCUCUCUCUCUCUCUUUGAAUUUUUUUUUUUUUUUGUAAUUAAACCUGUAAAUAGCAUUUGUAAA